AUGCACUCUGUUCUCUAUAUCGCUCUCAUCAUCGCUUGUGCGACACUUUCAUCAGCAAGUGAUGUACUCGUUUUCACUGAUAGUGAUUUCGAAAGCAAAGUGAAACAACACGACAUCUUACUUGCGGAAUUCUAUGCACCUUGGUGUGGUCACUGCAAACGACUUGCUCCAGAGUAUGAAAAGGCUGCAACAGCCCUAGUUAAGAAUGAUCCACCUGUGGCUUUGGCUAAAGUUGAUUGUACCGUUGAAACAAAAAUAUGUAGCAAAUACGGUGUUAGCGGUUAUCCAACAUUGAAAAUCUUUAAGAAUGGUGAAGUCUCCGAAGAUUAUAAUGGUCCACGUGAAGCCGAUGGUAUUGUUUCAACAAUGCGAUCAAAAGCCGGUCCAUCAUACCGUGUUCUCGACACAUUAGCUGCUUAUGAGAAAUUCUUAGAACACAACGAUCAUAGCAUCAUCGGUUACUUUGAUAGUGAUUCACAUUCAUUGAAAAAUGACCUUGUUCGAGUUGCCGAUCAAUUGUCAGAAAAAUUCCGAUUUGCUUACACAACAGCUAAAGAAGUUCUCGAAAAAGUCGGUCAUACCAAUAAAAUUGUUGUCCAUCAACCAAAACGAUUACAAUCGAAAUUCGAAGAAGCCUUUUCAAUUGUUGAAGCUGCCGGUGAUAAAAUCAAAUCGUUCAUUCAAGAUAAAAUUCAUGGUCUUGUCGGUCAUCGUACUCCAUCAAAUCUUGGUGAUUAUUCCCGACCGAGUGUUGUUGUCUAUUACAAUGUGGACUAUGUCCGUGAUACCAAAGGUACAAAUUACGUUCGUAAUCGUAUCUUGAAAGUCGCCAAGAAAUUAGCCGAUGAAAACGUGAAAGUUCGUUUUGCUGUUAGCAAUGCCGAAGAAUUCCGUCAAGAAUUAAGCGAAUUCGGUGUUGAUGAUGUGAAAAAAGAUGGCAAAUACGUUCUUGGCCGUGGACCACGUGAUGAAAAAUACAAAAUGUCAGGAGAUUUCAGUUACGAAGCUAUCGAAGAAUUUGCUCGCAAAUUAGUCAACGGCGAACUUGAACCAUACUUGAAAUCACAACCUAUUCCAGAUCAAACUGGAGAUGUCAAAGUUGUUGUUGCCAAGAAUUUCGAUGACAUUGUAAACGAUGAAACAAAAGAUGUUUUAAUCGAAUUCUAUGCACCAUGGUGUGGUCAUUGUAAAUCACUUGCUCCUAAAUAUGAUGAAUUAGCCAAGAAAUUGAAGAAAGAAUCCAGCAUUGUCAUUGCUAAGAUGGAUGCCACGGAAAAUGACGUUCCAAGUCAAUAUGAAGUUCAAGGUUUUCCAACCAUCUAUUUCGCUCCUAAAAAUAACAAGAAAAAUCCACGCAGAUAUGAGGGUGGUCGAGAAGUCGAUGAUUUCAUCAAAUAUUUGGCGAAAGAAUCCACUGAUCCUCUUACUAACUAUGAUCGUAGUGGAAAUAAGAAGAGCAAGAAGACUGUCGAAGACGAACUCUAA